AGUUUCUUCACGAUCGGAGACCUGUUUGGACGGUUUCGCGGAUUGGGAACUCCCUUCGAGACAGAAUCUAUCUUUAGUUGAACUUUAUUUUUGUCUUGUUAUAAAUAAGAGUUCCCACCCCAUUUCACGCCUUUUCGUUAGCUGAAUAAGUAGGUACACACGGUUGUUUCGGUCGUUAUAAUUUCCCAUCUCUCGUCGUUUUUCGCGCGUGAGAAGAAUAUCGGGGUGAUUUUUCGCUGAAUGUUGGAGUGACAUAAAAAGAAGCUAACGUGACUCGCGAGUUUGGUUUCGGAGAUCUAAAUUUGGCCCAGUAUUACUUGAAAUUCAAUUUCAGUAAAGUGAAAGACCGUCGAGGCGGCAGUGUUUCUUUCUAUCAGUUCCAUAGAAUCCACACCCUAUCCCGUGAACCAAACAGAGUCUUUCCUCUGGGGCCUUGAAGUGAGUGCCGUCAAGGUUCUCAAACGUGUAACGAAGUUAGAACAAAUCAUUUGGAUAGGAUUUACAAUUAAAACCGUUUGCUUAUCUAAUAAAAUUUAAAUAGCAGCUAUCAACAUGUCGAAACAAAUGUCUCCUAUGGACAAGGCAGAGGAAGAACAGAAGCAAAUGUUUCUGCGAGAGAAACCACCACCAAUUCCAUUCAGACAGUUUCUUUACAACUCCAACGAAGGAACAGUUCUCGGUCGUACCGCUGGAUCAUGGGCAAAAAUCGGUACCUUCUACUUCCUGUUCUACUGCGUGCUAGCCGCCCUAGUCGCCGUGUGUAUGUGGGUGUUCUUCCAAACUCUGGACCCAAGGACUCCGAAGUGGCAGCUGGAUCAGUCACUAAUCGGAACUAAUCCUGGUCUUGGCUUCCGUCCUCUACCCUCCGAGGACAACGUAGAAAGUACCCUGAUCUGGUACAAAGGAACCGAAGAGAAGAACUACAAACAGUGGACAGAUGCACUGGACGAUUUUCUGCAAGAUUACCGAACACCCGGUCAAAUUUCGGGACGAGGUCAGAACAUUUACAACUGUGAUUAUACCCAACCGCCACCACCGAAGACCGUAUGCGAUGUGGACAUCAAGCAGUACGGUCCGUGCACACUGGAGAACCACUACAAUUACCACAAGAGCGCUCCGUGCGUAUUCCUGAAGCUGAACAAAAUCUACGGCUGGGUUCCGGCAUUCUUCAACGACAGCAGCAAUCUGCCACGCGCUAUGCCAAACGACCUGCAAGAAUACAUCAAGACUGUCGAACAGCAAGCGAAGCACACCAUGAACACCAUUUGGGUGUCGUGUGAAGGCGAAAACUCCGCUGACAUCGAAAAUGUUGGACCAAUCAAGUACUACCCGCGACGCGGAUUCCCCGGUUACUACUACCCAUUCGAGAACUCGGAAGGAUACCUCAGCCCACUGGUAGCGGUGCACUUCGAGCGGCCAGUUCGUGGCAUCAUCAUCAACAUCGAGUGCAAAGCCUGGGCUCACAACAUCAUCCACGAUAGACACGAGCGCAUUGGGUCCGUGCACUUCGAGCUGCUAAUCGACUAGAGAGGCCGGCCCGUCGCGCCCUUUCGGGAUUCAAAAACCCUAUUCUAUCACCAGGACUAUCCUACUUUUCGCAGCUACUUUUUAACAGUUUUUUGAUCGAAUGGUGACCUAUAUAGUUAGAACACAAUUUUAACGUCAAAUUUUCGAUUUACCAUUUUCCAAGCAAAUGCUUUUCAAAUUCGCGGCGCCUAUCGUGUAAGAGGCAAACUAUCGUUUUUUUUAAGUAGGUCUAUACACUCGUGUCAAUGUUUGCAAGUUUGGAAAUUCUAAACCGUACAGUCCACUUAUAGAGUAUAAGAGUUUCGUUGAAGCCAUGGUAGGAAAGCAAUUAGGCGAUCUCAUACGAUCUUCUUAAAGUAACGCAUUACACAAACCAGAAAAAAGACGUUAGGAAGCACCGCCACGUGUUACGAGAUAAGAAUGCUGUGGUUGUAUUUUAACUAUUGUAAAUAAUAAAGGAAAAACGCGUAAAGGCCAAUUCUGUUUGAAAGAAGAAAAAAUAAAAACUCCGAUCGGCAUCAAUAGAAUCAUAACGAAUGGCACGCAAACGGAUCGUAUCGUGUGUACAACCUGCAAGUAACAAGCUAAAAUACGGUCGGUUCCUCACUUUUUGUAUGACUACCAACAAGAAAAAAAGUGCACCUCUAAAAAUAGCUUCUCUGUCACCAGUCUGUGCUGGUGCAUAGGCAAAAUCGCAGUGCAGUUGAGGUGAACCACAACAUGUAUCGCACUGCAAACGCAAUUCAGUAUUUGAAUUGUCUACAGGCCCUAGGCGUAACGAUGUCCAUUGCGGGCGUCGAUGUAUCAUUGGAGAACAGGAAAAAAGCGAGGAUACCGCAUUUACGGAAUUGACCGAUACUCCAGAUAUAGUGACAAACGCACGAGUGUGAACAAUACUCGCCAAUGUGUAGUUAAACCACCUUUGAUUUCACAGCUGUGGUCAUACAAAACCGUUCAAAUGUGAGACAAUAGUUAACAUUAGUUCUUUCAUUUGUAAGGAGAAGAUAAAACUACACUAAUCACAUAUACAAGCCCGCCACCCUAUAGAAUCAAACACGAUAGUUACGGUAGAUAGUUUAAUUUAAGAGAUGGUAGCGGAAGAAGAUAGUAUUAUAUGCACUGUGGAAAUACCCAGAGUAAGAUCGACCAAACUCUUCACUAUUUCAAAAUGAACAAAAGUGCCAACACAGAAAACUCAAAACACCUCUCCAGUAUCCUUUAAUCGGAAACUCGUUUUAUAGCGAAACGUAGCGCCAUUCAGGCCUAUCUAGAGGUAUAGAUAUUGAGACGGCCGCAAUAUAUAUAUUGAAGAGAAAUCGCGUUAAUUAAAGACGUAAUAGCAAUCCACCAUACAGUUUACUACAUUUAUACUAUAUUAUAUCAGCACGAGCUAAGCUUUCAAAAUUUGCAUUUCAAAUCUAGAUGUUGUACAUUUAAUUUUUAUUUUCUUUCUUCUAUUCGAAUGUUUCAAACAAGCGUACGGGAAACCAUUUAUUGCGUCCUUGGAAUCUAAAUUCCACGUUUUAUGUAGUAUUGUUUUAAACAUAAAGGUUCUAAAGUGAAAAAGUCCCCCUCUACAUUUAAUUGGUGUGCUUCGAAAUUCGAAAAAACUGCUAGAUGAAGGCAAUCGAGAAUGAUUUCUCAGACAUCAAUCGGAUCUACAUCUCUACUCAUUAUGCAGCUCUGUACAUGAUUACUAGAUGAAUAGACUAGGAGAUAGGAUAA